AUGGGGUCACAGGGAACUGUGGACUAUGAAGUAGCAGGACAGCAGCUGGAGCACAGGGGAGAAAAACUCAUGACGAGACAGACCAAACCUGGGCUGGGGCUGGCCGUGCGCGCGGGGCUGGCCGUGGCGGUGGCGGCGCUGCUGAUCCAGGCGCUGCACAGCUGGGCCUCCCCGCGCCACUUUGAGUUCGACCCAGAGGAGAUUGUGUGCCUUGGCAAGUACCACACCGGUCUGGACCACGAGCAGGCCUUUUCCAAGAUCAUUGUAGAACUGCUGAAGAAGCACCCAGGGCACAUCCUACUCGAUGAGGAUUUGCAGUGGAUAUUUAUCAAUGCCGGAGGUUGGAUGGGUUCCAUGUGCCUGCUCCAUGCUUCCUUCUCAGAGUACGUGCUGCUCUUUGGCACAGCCGUUGACACCAGGGGACAUUCGGGCAGAUACUGGGCUGAUAUCUAUGACACCAUACAUGGGCAAGACUGCAGUCCCUGCCCCCGGCAUAAGACACACCUCUGGGUCAGAUCUUUGGAUGUUUGUGCAAUGACACUUGCAGAGGCAAAACCUGUGUUCAAGCAGCUGCACAUCCUCUUUGACUGUGCCCUCACUGGAUGGGCUGCUGUGGAGAGACAGAAAACCCACCUGGCCUAA